GCGCUUAUGGUGCAAGGGGUGUUCUAUGGAUGGCUAAGGAAAAGCUUAGUUGGCACUGAUCCCUCCUUUUCAUAUAGACGUAGCUUACAUUAGGCAGCAAAUAGUCUGUUAUGCAUCGUAAAUAGUGCGUGUUUACAGAGCAUAGUGAAUGCAUGUUUAGCCAUGCGAUGAGGCCAGUGCACUUUGCAAGACUUGUGCUGCAGAGAGCCUCCGCAGAUCCCACGACCUGUUGCUGACAAGCUGGGAGAAGGAGAGGUGAGAGCCGCUUGAGAAGGGUAGCCUACUGCCUUGGAGACGAGAGCCGGUGGUUUCUUCACCAGGGAAAUCAUGCAGUUUGCAAUUUGGCUGGUUGGACUAAUGUGUCAUCUGUCAGCACUUGUCCGGAACUCCUUGGAAUACCGAUUGCAUCCGAAACAAGAAAGUUUCAUCAAACAGUUGUCAUCCUAUGAAAUUAUCACCCCGCUGCGGAUAAAUGAUUUCGGAGAAUCAUUCACCCACAAGUUUCACUACAAAAGGAAACGGAGAAGUGUUAAUUCUGAUUAUUCGGAUGGUUUAAGUGUUCACUACAGAAUUGAGGCAUUCGGACAACGCUUUCAUCUCAAUCUAACCGCGGACUCCGGUUUUAUUGCCCCCGCGUACACUGUGACACAUUUGGGAGCGGAACACAGCAACGCAACGGAGUCCCAACAACAAGAAGACAGCGAUAUGCGGCACUGCUUUUUCCGCGGACACGUCAACGCCAAGAUUGAAUCCACUGCAGUCUUCAGUCUGUGCACUGGUCUUAUCGGGACUUUUACCACCCAGCAUGGUGAAUACUUCUUAGAGCCCCUGAUGAAGGCGGAGGAGGGGGAGGAGUACGACGAGGAGCACAACAAACCUCACCUCGUCUACAGACAGGACAGGAAGAGGAGAGAGGGCCCUGCCAGUGAACCCACACAACCCUGUUCAGCCUCAGGGGAAGGAUCGGAAAGGCCAGUUGUCAAUCUUCAGAGCGAUAGGAGUAUGGGAGAAGAGUUGGAUUCCCUGAGAGAUAGAAUGGACAUCCACCACACCGGUUACGAGAUAGACCACACGAUAGAACAUCACGUAGGCAACCACACCACCAACUCUUCAGACCCCCGUCACAGAGCCCCGUCCAGGCAGAAAAGGUUCCUCUCGUACCCCCGCUACGUGGAACUGAUGCUGACUGCUGACGUCAAGAUGGCGCGCCACCACGGACGCAACCUCGAGCACUACAUCCUAACAAUCAUGUCAGUAGUUGCUGCGGUCUACAGCGACCCAAGUGUAGGAAACCUCAUCAACGUCAUGAUUGUCAAGCUGAUCGUCAUCCACAAUGAACAGGAUGGGCCCUCGAUCAAUUUCAAUGCUGCUACUACCCUCCACAACUUCUGUGUCUGGCAACAGACCCAAAAUGUCCAGGACGACAGUCACCCUUCCCACCACGACACUGCACUCCUCAUAACAAGGGAAGACAUCUGCCGAGCGAAAGACAAGUGUGACACAUUGGGGCUGGCGGAGCUGGGGACCAUGUGUGACCCGUACCGGAGCUGCUCCAUCAGCGAAGAGAACGGACUCAGCGCUUCAUUCACCAUCGCUCACGAGCUGGGCCAUGUGUUCAACAUGCCCCACGAUGACAACCCCAAAUGCAGGGAGGCAGGCAUGAAGCACCAGUAUCAUGUCAUGGCGCCCACCCUCAACUACGACACCAGCCCCUGGUCCUGGUCCAAAUGUAGUCGCAAGUACAUCACCGAGUUUCUGGACACAGGGUAUGGAGAGUGCCUAUUGGACGAGCCAGUGAGCAGAACGUACGAGCUGCCCAACCACCUCCCUGGACAGGUUUACAACGCCAACCGGCAGUGUGAGCUCAUGUUUGGCCCCGGCUCCAUGGUCUGCCCAUACAUGAAACAAUGCAAGAGGCUUUGGUGUACGAGUGCUGAGGGGGACCAUAAAGGGUGUCGGACACAGCACAUGCCCUUGGCUGAUGGGACAGACUGUGGACAUGGAAUGCACUGCAGACAUGGGAAGUGUGUGAACAAGGAGUUGGACCUGCGGCCGGUCCAUGGGGAGUGGGGCCCCUGGGGACCCUACAGUGUCUGCUCCAGGACCUGUGGAGGAGGCACCAGGAGCACCUCCAGAGACUGCAACAACCCUGAGCCCAGGAACAGAGGAAAGUUCUGUGUGGGUCGAAGGAUGAAGUUCCGGUCGUGCAACACUGAGCCGUGUCCCAGAGGACAAAGAGACUUCCGCGAGGAGCAGUGCUCUCAGUUCGACGGCAAGCACUUCAACAUCAACGGUCUACCUCCCACCGUCCGCUGGAUGCCCAAGUACAGCGGUAUUCUAAUGAAGGAUCGGUGCAAGCUCUUCUGUCGGGUUACCGGGACAAUGGCCUACUAUCAGCUGAAGGACCGCGUCAUCGACGGCACACCAUGUGGCCCAGACACCUACGACAUCUGCGUUCAAGGCCUCUGUCGGCAAGCAGGCUGUGACCAUGUGUUGAACUCCAAGGCGAAGAACGACAAGUGUGGAGUGUGUGGAGGGGACAACUCCUCCUGCAAAACCCUCGCUGGGACCUUCAACGACGCCGAGUAUGGUUACAACACAGUAGUUCGGAUCCCUGCGGGAGCCACCAACAUUGAUAUCAAACAGGUCAGCUACUCUGGGAAGCCGGAGGAUGACAACUACCUCGCUUUAUCUGACAGCCAUUCUAACUCUCUCCUGAAUGGAAACUUUGUGGUGGCCAUGUUCAAAAGGGAAAUCACCUUCAAGGGAACCGUCAUUGAGUACAGCGGCUCAGACACCAAAGAGGAGCGCAUCAACUGCACUGAACGUGUUGAGGAGGAACUCAUCCUACAGGUUCUGUGUGUGGGGAACCUGUACAACCCAGACGUGCGCUACUCGUUCAACAUCCCCAUCGAGGAGCACAGGGAACAGUUUGUGUGGGACCCCUCGGGCUCCUGGCUGGAGUGCAGCCGCAUGUGUCAGGGUGAGCGAUGGCGCAAGGCAGCGUGUGUGAGGAAGAGUGACCACCUGGGGGUUUCUGACCAGCGCUGUGAGCCUCUACCCCGUCCCAACGCUGCCAUUGAGCCAUGUAACACUGACUGUGAACUCAGGUGGCACAUAGCAGGGAAGAGUGAGUGCUCUGCUAAGUGCGGCCCUGGCUACCGGACCCUGGACGUGCAGUGUAUGAGGUACAGCUCGCUGAAGAGGCAGAGUGAGAGGGUGGAGGGGAGGGCGUGUUCUGACCUACCCAAACCACAGGCCAGAGAGGCCUGCCACGGCGACUGUCUGCUCAAGAGCUGGCAGUACAGCACCUGGUCCCAGUGUUCUAAGACGUGUGGUCGCGGGGCUCGUACCAGGGACUCCUACUGUAUGAACAACCUGGGGAGGAGACUGGUGGACAGGGACUGUAGUGACUCCCUGAGACUGGUUGCCGAGAGCUGCAACGACCAGGCCUGCCCUGGCUGGUCAGCCAGCGAGUGGAGCGAGUGCUUGGUGACGUGUGGGAAGGGGAUGAGGCACAGGCAGGUGUCCUGUAGCAUGGGGGUAGGAGAGGAGAAGCUGAGCGAACACUUCUGUGACCCGAACGCUAAGCCUGCUGCUGUGGGGAGCUGUGAGCUGCCAGAGUGUGCCUCCUGGCAGGUCGGAGUCUGGGGACCGUGUGCGGUGACGUGUGGCCAUGGUUACCAGAUGCGGGCUGUGAGGUGUGUGUCAGGGGCGUAUGGUGACACGGUGGAUGACAGGGAGUGUAACGCUGCUUCCAGACCCAGGGACAGCCAGGACUGUGAGGUGGCACCGUGUCCCUGGGCCUCUCCUCAACACAGCACUGUCCGCCCUGACAGCUCUGGUCAGCUCCUCCCACAGUGGAGAUACGGCUCCUGGACCACGUGCUCUGUCUCCUGUGGGAAAGGGAAGCGUGCCCGUUACGUCAGCUGUCGGGACGCCCAGGGUGGAGUGGCAGACGAGUCCUACUGUGCCCAGCUGCUCCGGCCUCCAGAAUCCUCAGCCUGCUUCAGCCCGUGUGGCCAGUGGCGCUCCUGGGAGUGGUCUCCUUGUUCAGUGACGUGUGGUGUGGGCCGGGCCACCAGGCAGGUGGUGUGCAGUAACUACCACCACCAGGUUGCCGAGUCCUUCUGCGAUCAGGACGAGAGGCCCAGCACAGAGCAGGAGUGUACUGGUGCCCCCUGCCCCUCCGUGUACCACCAGAGGCCCAACGACCAGCCCUACAGCCCCCACGACCCCGCCAGCCACCCGGGACACAGCAGCUGGAACGUCCCCUCGGCAGACAACCAGUGGAGGACGGGGCCCUGGGGAGGAUGCUCCAGUACGUGUGCGGGGGGCUUCCAGAGGAGGGUGGUGGUGUGUCAGGAUGCGGAGGGUCGCAGCACCAGCCACUGUGACCAGAGGGUCAAACCUGCCGAGUCCAAGAACUGCGACUCAGGACCCUGCCCUCUGUGGAACUACGGCAUCUGGGGAGAGUGUACCCAGACGUGUGGUGGAGGCAGGAGGACGCGCCAGGUGGUAUGCCAACGGCCCAACGGUCAAAGACUCAACGACCACAACUGUGACAUCCUGGACAAGCCUCCUGACGUGGAGCAGUGUAACCUGGACCUGUGCCCGGGCAGCGCAUCCUGGCACCGCCGACCAUGGAAGCCGUGUUCUGUGAGCUGUGGCCGUGGGACCAAGGAGCGGGAGAUAGCCUGUGUUUACCCAAACCAAACCCGAAAAGAGGAAGAUCACUGCAGUCAUCUGUCACGUCCCCGGACACAAAAGGCCUGCCGAGCCCGGGGAUGCCCCAGCUGGAAAGCCAACAGGUGGAGCGAGUGCUCUGUCCCCUGUGGAGUAGGGGUCCAGAACAGAGAAGUGUACUGCAGACUGAAGGGUACAGGACGGGUAAGAGAAGAGCUGUGUGGUUCCCACAACCAUCCUGCCACUGCCCAGCCCUGCCAGGCUACUGAGUGUCUCCAUUACACCUGGGCAGCCGGAGAGUGGCAAGAUUGUAACGCCACCUGUGGAGAGGGUAUGAGGAACAGGAAGGUUCUGUGCGUGGGGGCUGGGCUGACCCCUGUCCAGGACGCCCUCUGUGACCCCUCUUCUUGCCCUGCCCUGCGCCAGCCCUGCAGUGGAGCAGCCUGCCACUACACGUGGAUGACAGGGGAGUGGUCACAGUGCUCUACCAGCUGUGGAGUUGGCUACCAACAGCGUAUAGUGUCCUGCUCUGUGAUGCCAUCCUCCCUGACCCUGCACCCAUAUGAUGCCCAGUCCUCUGCACAGUCCCGCCCCCACUGUCCAGAGCCCCACCCUCCUGGCACCAGACAGUGCCUCCUUAGGGACUGCCUACAAGCUGCCUACUGGAAAGUUGGCCCAUGGAGCAAGUGCUCCCAGACGUGUGGAGCGGGAGUGAAGGAGCGCAGGUUGGAGUGUCUGGCCUCUAAAGGCCAACCGUCCAAACACUGCCGUCCAGCCGAGAGGCCCGAGUCACGGGCCGCCUGCCGAGAGCGAGAGUGUCAGCUGUUCAUGUCCUGUAGAGAGGUCCAGAUGAGACAGGAAGUGAGGAUGGAUGGGGAGUUCAACCUGAAGGUCAAGUCCAGGAUACUGCAGAUCUUCUGUGCUGAGAUGCAGACUGAUUUCCCUAAGGAAUAUGUUACACUGCGGAGCAGUCAGACAGACAACUACUCGGAGGUCUAUGGAUACAGGUUGCUGAACCCUUUUGAGUGCCCGUAUAAUGGCAGCAGAAGGCAGGACUGUGACUGCAGGAACGAUUACUCUGCAGCGGGAUACACUCUCUUCCACAAGGUCCGCCUGGACAUCAGCUCCCUGAGGAUAAUGACCACAGACCUGCAGUUCUCUCAGACCCUGCUUGGCCGUCCCGUCCCGUUCGCCACGGCGGGAGACUGUUACAGCGCUGCCAAGUGUCCUCAGGGCCAGUUUAGCAUCAACCUCAUAGGGACUGGUCUGAAAGUGGCUGAGACAACCAAGUGGACCUCACAGGGCAACUAUGUCUCUGUCAAAGUCCACAGAUCAGAGGACGGGGCAAGAAUCUACGGUCGCUGUGGUGGCUUCUGUGGGAAGUGCAUUCCCCAGCCUCACAACGGCCUGCUGGUUCAGGUCCAGUAAGGGUCGGAGCAACGUCAGACCAGGCAGUGAAACACACACCAGACCAGAGCUUCCGGGGAUCCAAUGCACUUCAUUUGUGAAUGUGGCCACUAACUCCUCCCUUCAUCACCCCUUCCUCCCCACCCGGCAGCUAGAACAUAGGGACAGCUCAAAGAAUCUACGCUGAGUAUACAAAAUAUUAGGAACACUCUCCUAAUAUUGAGUUGCACUGCCCCCUUUUGCCCUCAGAACAGCCUCAAUUCGUUGGGGCGUGGACUCUACAAGGUGUCAAAAGCGUUCCACAGGGAUGCUGGCCCAUGUUGACUCCAAUGCUUCCCAUAGUUGUGUUAAGUUGGCUGGAUGUCCUUUGGAUAGUGGACCAUUCUUGAUACACACGGGAAACUGUUGAGUGGGAAAAACCCAGCAGCGUUGCAGUUCUUGACACAAACCGGUGCGCCUGGCACAUAAUACCUGUUCAAAGACACUUAAUUAUUUUGUCUUGCCCAUUCACCCUCUGAAUGACACACAUCCAUGUCUCAAUUGUCUCGAGGCUUAAAACACCUUAUUUAAACUGUCUCCUCCCCUUCAUCUACACUGAUUGAAGUGGAUAUUAACAGGUGACAUCAAUAAGAGAUCAUAGCUUUCACCUGGUCAGUCUAUGUCAUGGAAAGAUCGGGUGUCCUUAAUGUUUUGUAUACUCAGUGUACACACCGCAAGCCAUGCAGGGUCCUUUAAAAGAAGACGAGAGACAACCUUAUUAUGUUCCAUCCUCGCUAGUGUUUGUAAUUGUAGUGGUUACCAAUCUGCAUUGGGAUAUGAAAAGCAGAAUUUGUCAGACACUCUCACAUAUUCCAGCAUUGUACAGUCUCAAAGGGCCACAGUCAUAUUUCUGGUCGGAAGUUGCAACACUGAGGUAGCCACUGUAUAGUACCGAGCUUAGGGAAGAAUCCUCUCAUGGUUGGAAGUGAGAUCUUCCUCAUCUCGCAAAGGUACCAUUUUUCUGUUGGCCCUCAAAAGAAAGGUGAAAUAGUCAUUAUGGAACAAAGUGUUUUUAUUUUUCUACCGUCAGCGAGGAAACUUUUUGUUCUUAAAAUGGAACAUCUCACUCAAUAUUUGAAAUGUGUUCGCUAGCAGUGUCAUGACGCGUGGGUUAUUACUCAUUCCUGCCAAAAGGCUGUUCUUGUUAGUUAGGAUUAGGAUUAGUAUUAAUCCAAAAUGAUAGGAAGAAGAAAGCUACAGAUCAGGAGAUACGUCCAGACAUGGGUUUUUUCGGGAAAUAUUUGUUCACCAAUUAGUUAGCUAGGGUUUGUGUACUACUGUUGUUGUGCAUUCUUCUACUAAUGGUCAACCAGACUUGCCUUAUCUCAAAGGUCAAAGGUUACAGUGAGGAGUACUAUGCCUUCUGACCACUGCAUCCCAGACUAGUCCUCACGGUGCAGAACCCAAUGUUGCUGACUACUGACUGACAAUGUGAUUAGAAUAAUAUCUCUAGCAGGUCAUAGAGAGACAACCAAUAGACACUAACUCAUUGGUGAUGUGGUCUGGGGGGGGGAAAAAUGGUUGUUUGUCCCUGGAAAACAGUUUGUUUAUAUAUUUAAAUUAAUUCAUAAGGUGGGAACUGUUGUCUACAUCAUUUAAGAGGUGGAAAGUCAAGGCCGAGCUCUCAUCUCCAGUCAAAAACUAGUUUGGCUUAGUUCACUUGUGACAUUGUUUUCCAGAUCAUGUCCCCUGCACGCGACCCUACCUCUCACAAGCAUCCAUGAGAUGUAUUUCAUUAUAUCGUCAAAUAUUUCUUUGACCAUAUUUAUACUGUAAUGAUACAUAGAUACAUGUUUUUGUACUACAAUGACUACUAGAAGCCGGGAAGCUAUUGUUUGGUUUACUUGUUUGUUGCUGAAAUGGUAUUACAGUGUGUAGGGUGAGUAACUACUAAUCUGAAAGAGGCUCUUUGAAUGGUGCUUUAAUAGCACUGACAUCACCACUAAUCUUGAGAAGGAACUCACUACUGGCAUUGGAACUGCCAUUAGCUUCAUGCCUAGUGUAAAUGUACUACUACAGAAUAAUGCCCACAAUGCUUUGCAGAACAUGUCAUGGUCCUUUUAUUAAUGUAGCUGAAGACCAACCUGGAGGGUUGCCAGAUAUCCUGAACUACAUGAGUGAACCUGCCUGAAGUAGCUCUAUCAUCAUUUAGGUAAAUGGUACUCUUUUUCACCACUAUAACUGGGGCAGAUUUGGCAACCCUGCCAUGCUGGUACGCCGAUGUUAAGCUUUAACCAAAGUUUCAUAGAUGCAGAUUAGAACUUUUGUCAGACAAUGCAGCUACUUUUGAUUUAAGGAAUGGUAGGUAGAAAACCCCUUACAAAAGUCAAUGAGCAGCUAGAAAACCUUUGGCUAUCAUUCUUGUUUGAUAGGCAAUUAUACUAUGAUGAGGUCUGUAUCAGAAAUUGAAAGAAUACUUGAUGCACUAUGUGCCAUAAAUUUUGUAGAAAAGUAAUCCUGUUUGUUUCUUUUUUUAAAUAAUAGUUCAGAUUUGUAACUGAUGAUGUAUGUUUAUUUUUUAAUAUUCGUGUUUUGAAUGUAAUGGGAAUUGGUACGGAAUUGAACAAGAUGCUUGUUUGCUAUGUGUUAUCCAAAGAUGAUUUUAAGAAUCAUAUGUACUUACAGUGUGUACGUAGGUUAUAUAAAAUGGAAUGAUCCAGGUUCUAUGGUCACUAAUUGCAUCAACAUCAUAGGUCUUGCUACUUUACUAAUACUGUAAAAUAAGAAAUAAUAAAAUAUUUUAAUGCUUUUCAA